AUGUCGUACGGUCAGAACAACUAUUCGUCCUACGGGGGAAACCCAUAUCAGAACGGUCCCGAUGCUGAGGCAGGAUACAACCCGCAGCAGGGAGGCACUGGAAACCCAAACCUUCAACAUGAGAUGUCAAACUAUUCGCAGGCCUCAGAUUAUUCCCAAGCAACCCCCGGUGCCGCCGCGCCUCAUGUCUCCUCCGUCCUCUCGCAACAAGACUUCCUCUCGCGCGUUGACUAUGCGAAAUCCGAGAUUCGAGCUCUGAGUGCCAACAUUCAAGACAUCGCCUCGCUCCACCAACGCGCACUCGCAUCCGCAGACCAAAACUCAUCCGCACAACUCGAGGGACUCGUUACGCAGACGCAGCUCAAGAAUACGCAGAUUAGGGAUCAAAUCAAGUUUCUCGAGGCCGACGCAAUCAAGACACAAGAUGGCACCAGAAGCGUAAAGUCGCGCCAGGCGAAGCAGUUGAAGGAUCAGUUCGAGAAGGCGUUGAAAGACUACCAGCAGGAAGAGGUUGGAUACCGCCAACGUUAUCGUGAUCAGAUUGCGAGACAAUACAAGAUCGUCAAUCCUGAAGCCUCGGAGUCAGAAGUUAGGGAAGCCAGUGAACUCGAUUGGGGUUCUGAGGGUGUAUUCCAGACUGCACUCAAAUCUAACCGUACCGGCCAAGCCUCUUCUGUUCUUGGUGCUGUUCGCGCCCGUCACAAUGAGCUCCAGCGCAUCGAAGCAACACUCACCGAUCUCGCUGCCAUGUUCGCCGAUAUGGCUCAGAUCGUCGAGGCACAAGAUCCUAUCAUCGAGCAUACCGAGGAGAACGCCGUCCAAACCGCGGAGGAUGUUGACAAAGGAAACGAGCAGAUCGACAAAGCCAACGAGCACGCUAGAAGACGUAGACGUAAUAAGUGGUGGUGCCUGCUCAUCGUUGUUCUUAUCAUCAUCGCAAUUGCUCUUGGUGUUGGAUUGGGGGUUGCGCUCACAAACAGAAAGUAG